AUGGAGCUGGAACACUUUGACGAGCGGGACAAGGCGCAGAGGUAUGUCCGGCGGGGCUCUAGGGGGAACGGGCUCCCCAGCCCCACCCGCAGCGCCCACUGCAGCCUCUACCGAACGCGGACGCUGCAGACUCUGAGUUCGGAGAAGAAGGCCAAGAAGGUUCGCUUCUACCGCAACGGGGACCGUUACUUCCAAGGGAUCGUCUACGCCAUCUCGCAGGAGCGCUUCCGAUCACUGGACGCGCUCCUGGCGGACCUCACGCGAGCGCUCUCCGACAACGUCAACCUGCCGCAAGGGGUUCGGACCAUCUAUUCCAUCGACGGGGUGACCAGGGUCACCAGCAUGGAGCAGCUGGUGGAAGGAGAAAGCUACGUGUGCGCCUCCUUUGAGCCUUACAAGAAAGUGGACUACACUAAGAACGUCAACCCCAACUGGUCCGCGGGCGCCAAGACGGUCGCGGUGUCCCCCCGCGACCCGCCCUCCCUCGGCAGCGCCAGGGCCGGCUCGCCGGAGACCCGCGAGAACAAGGACUUCAUCAAGCCCAAGCUGGUCACCAUCGUCCGGAGCGGCGUCAAGCCCCGCAAGGCCGUGCGCGUCCUGCUCAACAAGAAGACGGCGCACUCCUUCGAGCAGGUCAUGACGGACAUCACCGACGCCGUCAAGCUGGACAGCGGGACCGUCAAAAGGCUGUUCACCGUGGAUGGGAAGGCGGUCACGUGCCUUCAAGACUUCUUCGGAGAAGAUGACAUUUUCUUCGCUUGUGGACCUGAGAAGUACCGAUACCAAGAUGACUUCAGUUUGGAUGAAAGUGAUUGCAGGGUGGCCAAGUCUUCGUCCUACGGUCGGCUUCCCACGGUGCACGGUCGCUGUUCUCCAAGAAGCGGCGGAAUGUCUCGCAGGAGCAAGUCGCCCUCCUCAGCGGGCUCGGCCAACGGGACCGCCGGCAGUCAGCUGUCCACUCCUCGAUCAGGGAAGUCCCCCUGCCCUUCCCCCACCAGUCCUGCCAGCCUCAGGAGACAUCAGGGCUCUCAGCACAGCGGGUCUUCGCUGUCGUUGUCUUCCAUCAAAGUUUGCAGCUCCAUGGACGAAGGAGACGGACCCAGCAGCGAAGCGGAGCCCAUGGACGACUACCCCGUCCCCGCUUCCAUAGCGGAGCGGUACAAAGUGGGCCGCACGCUAGGCAGCGGCAACUUCGCCGUGGUUCGAGAGUGCGUGGAAAGAUCCACGGGCAGAGAAUUCGCCCUCAAGAUCAUCAGCAAGGAGAAAUGUAGAGGAAAGGAGCACAUGAUCCAGAGCGAGGUGUCCAUCCUGCGACGGGUCAAACACCCCAACAUUGUGCUGCUCAUCGAGGAGAUGGACACCGGAAACGAGAUUCAUCUCGUCAUGGAGUUGGUCAAGGGAGGCGACCUAUUUGACGCCAUCACCUCGUCCACCAAGUACACGGAGCGUGACGCUAGCUGCAUGCUUUUCAACCUCGCCAGCGCCGUCAAGUACCUGCACGGCCUCAACAUCGUCCACCGAGACAUCAAGCCGGAAAACCUGCUGGUCUAUCAGCAUCCCGACGGUAGCAAGUCUCUGAAACUGGGCGACUUUGGCUUGGCGACCGUGGUCAACGGCUUUCUGUACACCGUGUGCGGCACGCCCACGUACGUGGCGCCGGAGAUCGUCGCCGAGAAGGGGUACGGCCUGAAAGUGGACGUUUGGGCCGCCGGGGUCAUCACGUACAUCCUGCUUUGCGGUUUCCCACCCUUUAAUUGCAGCUCCGAUGACCAGGAAGUUCAGUUUAAAGAAAUCCUGGAGGCCGAGCUGAGCUUCCCCGCGCCCCACUGGGACAACGUGUCCCACUCCGCCAAGGCUCUCAUAGCCGGCAUGCUACAAGUGGACGUGGAGCAAAGACUGUCGGCCGCGCAGGUUCUGGAGCACCCCUGGGUCAACGAGGACGGUACGCCCGAGAACCAACAGCAGCUGCCGGUGGCAGUCAGGAUCAGGAAGAACUUCAACACUGGACCCAAAGGCAGUAGCACAACGGCAGGCGUCAUGGUCAUCACGAACACACCGCUUGACAAGGAACGGCAAGUUUUACGUCAAAGGCCAGAGCAUCCCGCCGCCCAGCCCAACUUCCCGCGCGGGGCCCGCUCCUCGGCGACCGCCGCCCUUUCCCCCGCCGACUUUACCUCCGAGUCGGAGGACUAUUCGCCGGGUUCGGCCGGCACAGUGCGCUCCCCAGUGUCUCCGUUCUGA